CUACGCAGUGUUUCGUUUGGAAAUAACUCAAAGCCAGAAAGAAAACAGGGCAUUGCGGAGGAAACUACAGCUACUGGAACUUAAAGUGGCACGGGACCGCGUCCUCACCAGUCGUCCCAGUAGUGUCAAGAUCCUCGACCGAUACAGAGGAAUGGCAAGAGGUGAAGGACAUCUCACUGGAGGCUACAGGAGCUUUGUGAAGCCAGCGGGUCACAAUACAUGGAAAGAUGACCAACCAAUCACUGUUGAUGAGGGGAGUGGAACCUCAACCCAGCACGCUAUUGUGAUAGAGUCUGCAGAUGCUGCAGGUUCUGGGGUCAUGCAGGAGAGGUCUGUAGGAGAGGAGGACCCAAGACACAGCAGAGACAUCCAGACUGGAGCGGCUGGAGAGCACCUUGUAGCCACCGAGGACUUCGCCACCACUGCUGCGCCCCAGGCCUGGACCCAACGCAGCAUCACAGAGGUCAGUGGAAUGCCGAAGGCCGUCCUCAAGUCAGAGAUGGACACCGAGAUAUUAACUGUAACACAAAGGCUCUUACACACAGGAUCUGAUCACAGAUCAGACCCAGAGAGACUGGGGCUGGGGAGACUGAUCUGUCCUCCUGCUCCUGGCUCAGAGUAUUUACCGGUAUUUCACCAGAGCCAGAAGACCGUUCAUUCCCGUGGUGAUGGUGACGUGUUAGACACUGAUGUUGAUGAUCCAUCUUGUUCUUACACUACAGAGAUGGACCCUGGCAACAUGCCCUUGGGUUUAGAGACACAGACUGAUCUGUCAAGAGGAGACUGGAACCGGUACAGUAGCAGUGUAUACUCUGAAGGGUGCCUAGAUAAGAAAGGGGCGGUUAUAGUGGUAGAUGAGGUGACUGUAAAAGUGGAGGGCGACGCUUCUCCCACAUGGAAUGCAGAUAGUCACCUAGGAGACGGACACUCACAGGGCAGAAAUAUCUUAGAUUACAGGGGAAGCUUAGAGACAAAUCUAAAUGUUGCCACCCACUCUCCUUUACACGCGUUCAGGGAUCGCGAUCCAGUGUCCACGUCGAUGGCACCUUCCGCAUCACCCAGCCAUGUCCUUUUCGAUCAGGAAUUGAACUCAAACACCAGGGCUAGAGCCCAAGCUCAGGGACGGGGAACCACAUCAGGCAAUAGUAAAGAAAAACGGUUCCUCUGCAUGUUCUGUAACAAAGGAUUCAGCUGCCGCCAGAAGCUGGAGAUCCACCAGAGGGUCCACACAGGGUUGAAACCCUUCAGCUGUACCCAGUGUCAUAUGCACUUUUCCGUGGCUGGCAACCUGAAGAGGCACCAGAGGGUCCACACAGGGGUGAAACCCUUCAGCUGUACUCAUUGUCAAAUGCACUUCGCCCAGGCUGGUGACCUGAAGAGGCACCAGAGGGUCCACACAGGGGAGAAACCCUACAGUUGCCCCCAGUGUGAGAAGACGUUCUCACGCCAGCACCAGCUGAAGAUGCACCUGAAGGUCCACACGGGAGAGCGGCCGUUCGCUUGUACACACUGCAGGAAGAGGUUCUCAGAGAGGAACAACCUCAGGAUACACCAGCAGAAAAACCAUUCCAUUCAAUAACUUCUGACAUUUAUAUCAAACCAUGCAAGACAAAGAUUCAAAUGUUCAUUGUUGUCAGCCAAAAAUACCCACAGAUGCAUUUGGAAUAACAAGAGUAAUACAUGUUUUUGCAGCAUUGAAGGUCCCCAAGGACACAGUGGCCUCCAUCAUUCUUAAAUAGAAGACGUUUAAAA